AGCUGUAUCAACUUCAAAUAAUUGAGUGCUCUUUUUGAAUGGAAGUUACAAACAAAUACGUGGCCAUAAAGGCUAACAUAGAUGGAGCACCUCAAGAGUCUGAUUUCGAGCUAAAAAACGGGUCAUUUUCUCUACUGGUUAAACCCGGAUCCAAAGAUGUCAUCAUCAAGAAUUUGUAUGUAUCAAUCGACCCAUAUCAGAUCAACCGAAUGAAGAUUGCUAGUGAUUCUCAAACUACUUCAGUUUUUGCUACUAUGAUUGAUCCUGGAAAGGUGAUUGAUGCUUAUGGUGUGGGGAUAGUAAUAGCUUCAGGGAAUCCUGAAUUUGAAAAGGAUGACUAUGUUGUGGGGCUUUUAAGUUGGGGAGAGUAUUGUGUAUAUAAUGGGCCUUACUUAAAUAAAUUGGAUGCAAUGGGCUUACCAUUGUCAUACUAUGUUGGGGCCUUAGGGCUUAGUGGGCUCACUGCUUAUGCUGGGUUCUUUGAAAUUUGUAAGCCCAAGAAGGGUGAAAAGGUCUUUGUCUCUGCUGCUUCCGGUUCUGUAGGAAAUUUGGUGGGCCAAUAUGCAAAACAGUUUGGGUGUUAUGUAGUGGGCUGUGCUGGUAGCCCAAAAAAGGUGAAAUUGCUUAAAGAAAAGCUUGGUUUUGAUGAAGUCUUCAACUAUAAAGAAGAGCCUGAUCUAAAUUUAGCUCUCAAGAGGUAUUUCCCUGAUGGGAUCGACAUAUACUUUGAUAACGUGGGAGCUGAGAUGCUAGAGGCAGCAAUAUUAAACAUGAACUUGCAUGGUAGGAUUGCAGUGUGUGGGGUCAUUUCAGAAUACACUGACAACGGAAAACGUGCAAUACCAGAUAUGUUAAGUGUUAUAUACAAGAGAAUCACAAUACGUGGAUUCUUAGCUGGUGAUCAUAUGGGCAUGUUUCCUGAGUUCUUCUCCACAACCAUUGAUCAUCUUAACACAGGAAAAAUGCAAGUGCUUGAAGAUGUAUCAUUCGGUUUAGAAGGUGUUCCUUCGGCUUUUGUUGGACUCUUUCGUGGUGAUAAUGUCGGGAAAAGAAUAGUUCAGGUUUCCAAUGAUUAAGGACACAAACAUACACACGAGUUUUUUCUCUAUAUGAAAUUGUACCAAAUGCAUGUGGCAACAUGUUUCUUCACGAAUUGCUUCAUAUGACAUUCCUAAUUAUACAUCAAUGAGAUAUUUGAUACCGAAAAGGGUUUUUGAUAA